AUGUCAAACCCAGACACCUUAUCUCUGGCUGGAGACAUAAGAGCUGCCCUGACCCCUCUGUCUCCAAAAGAUCCUAUACAUGAAUGUGGUUCUGCUCCAUUGCGUAUCAUUCAACAGCGCCCUGACGACGUGCUAGCCCUGGCACAUGAAAAACUCCAUACCUGGAAGUUUGAGCAUGUCUCUAUCUGUUGGAGACGUCUGUACGAGGAAGCGAGUCUAUGGCAGGCUGUCAAUAUUCUCAAGGAUCAUGGCGCGCGUGGUCAAAAACGCAAACGCGACUCCUCACCACCACCUGAUCAAGACUGGAUUACUCGCAUCGUCUAUGUCCUUGACAUGGCGGUGAUCCUGACAGGUGCUCCGUUACGUCGUCAACUCAUACUAAGUACUUUCGAUGCUUUACAACCUUUCCUUGAUUCAGAUGAACACAAAGGCAUUUCCAGCUCCUUUCCUACCACCCCAACCACCGAACUACAGAAUGACACCUUCGCUCGUGUAGAGAAGCUUGACUUUCUACAGUUCCAGCAGCACCUCGACACGAAAGCUACACCAAUCAUAAUCAGCGGUGUUAUUGAAAACUGGCCUGCAAUAGCAAAUCCCAAUCGACGAUGGAAUGAUCCAUCAUACUUGCUCAAAGCUACCCUUGGAGGUCGUCGACUGGUGCCGGUAGAGUUGGGUAGAAGUUAUACAGAUGAAGAUUGGUCUCAGCGAAUCAUGACGUUUGCCGAGUACAUGAAAAAUUAUCUUCUACAGCCAAAACAAGAAAAGACUGGCUACCUCGCUCAGCACGAUCUUUUCGCUCAAAUCCCAAGCUUGAGCGCUGAUACAAAUACACCAGACUAUUGCUAUACAACUCCUCCACCACCUAGAACUCUCUCUUCUACAGUCGAGGUCGAAAUUUUGGAAGAGCCAUUGCGUAACGCUUGGCUAGGUCCUGCAGGCACUAUCAGUCCGUUGCACACGGAUCCUUAUCACAACAUCCUAUGUCAGGUUGUAGGUCACAAAUACGUUCGUCUCUAUGCGUCAUCAGAGACACCAAAUCUGUACCCACGCGGCAUUGAUGAAACUGGGGUUAAUAUGGAGAACACGUCACACGUCGACAUAUCGCUUGCAAAGACAUUGUAUACGCCUGAUCAACAAAGCCAAGCAGAUGAAGAAAAAAGAAAGGAAUUCGAAGUGCAAUUCCCCCUGUUCAAAGGCGCAAGAUGUAUAGAAGGUGUUCUGGGACCAGGAGAGUGUUUGUACAUCCCUGUAGGAUGGUGGCAUUAUGUGGAAAGUCUUAGCACUAGCUUCAGCAUGAGCUUUUGGUGGAAUUGA